AUGAUGAUGAUAUCAACUCCAUCUUCGUCAUUUCAUGAUUAUUUAGCAAUAGACAAUUCCUUGACCAAAAUAGAAUCAUUAUCACCAAUACAAACAAAUGAAGAUUAUUUUAAUGAAUCAUAUGAUAAUAAUAUUAAUAAGAAUAAUAAAAAAAAUUCAACUGUGAAACGACCAAUGAAUGCAUUUUUAUUAUGGGCUCGAGGUGAACGAAAACGAGUAUCAAGUGAUGGUUAUGGUGUUAGUCAAACAUCAUUGAGUAAACUUUUAGGUGAAACAUGGCGGCAUAUGUCCGUCGAAGAGAAACAGCCAUUUUUAGAUAUGGCUGAAACAUUGAAAAAGCAACAUACAAUUGAUCAUCCCGGCUAUCGAUUUAAACCAAAACAACGCUCGUCGACCGCUAAUAGAACAAUAGCAAAAAAGCAUUAUCUACCUGACCCUCAACGACAAUUGUCAACGAUGGACACUUCAUCUUUUCUUUUUUUUCAAGAACAACAACAACAACAACAACAACAACCAUCAUCAUCAUCAGCAUCAUCAUCAUCAUCAUCAUCAUCAUCAUCAUCAUCAUCAUCAUCAUCAUCAUCAUCAUCAUCAUCGAUUUCUGAUGCUACUCCUCAUCAUGUACAACCAACAGUUCUAGCCAUGUGUCAAGCUGUUGCUUCACCACCAUCGUUAUCAUCUGAUAAUAAUAAUAAUAAUAAUAACUGGCUUGUAAAACUUAUUGAUCAACCUCAAAUUGUUAUUUCUGUACCUUCUCCUCGAAUACAAACAUCUCCAAUUUUAUCACGUCGUGCUGUACGUAUACAAAUAAUAAAUAAACAUGAUGAGAUUCCUGUACCUCCACCAGCAUUAUUACCAAUGAUACCUUCACCAUUAUCAUCAUCUUCAAUUGUUUUGGAUGAUUCAACAUCAACAUUAAUCGAUUAUCUUAGUAAUACUUCUAAUAUAUUCAAUAUACCUAACAAUCAAUCAGAAUUAGCACCAAUUUUAGAUGAAAAAAUUGUAUAUGAAACAUUACAAGAUUUAGCUAAUAAUCAUUUAAUGGAUCUCGAUCAACCUUAUAAUAAUAGUGGUUGGAUUGAUACACCUUUAUCAAAUUUUGGUACCAAUUCUAUAGAUAUAAACACAACAUCACCAUAUUUAUCGUAUGGUUUUUUAAGCCUUUAA